GUAAAAGUGUACAAUUUUGACACUGAAAGUUGUACAAUUCAAAAAUCCCUAGGAACAACACUGAUGAAAAGUACACUACACAACCCACAACACGAGCACGAGACGAGAGAAAACGUCACAAAUUACGGAUUGACCAUUGACGGAUUGUUUUAGUUGGUGUGUUGUGUUUUGUGUUGGUUAAUGGUUCGUUGGUUGGUAAAAAAACGUCGUCAUCGGUCAUAGAUCAAGGUUCUUAUUUAUCGUAACAAAAUCCAUUGAUUUAUAUGAGCAGUUAUCAUCUUAGGUGUUAGUCUAGCACACAAGUUAUUAGAAAAAAAAUAUAUUCAAUUAAGAUGCCUACACAAUACAGUUUAGCGGAAGUUAAGAAACACAACGACAACAAAAGUACUUGGAUCGCUAUACACAACGAAGUUUACGAUGUCACGGCUUUUUUGAAUGAGCACCCUGGUGGUGAAGAAGUCCUCUUGGAACAAGCGGGUAGAGAAGCAAGCGAAGCCUUCGAAGACGUCGGACACUCCAGCGAUGCCAGAGAACUGAUGAACAAAUACAAAAUUGGGGAAAUCGUCGAAUCAGAACGCAUAGCCGUUAAGACCAAAAACACCGACUGGGGCGUAUCGUCGAGCGCCAACAGUUCAUCGUCACCAAACUCAUUUAAGUCGUGGUUAAUUCCAAUCGCUUUGGGAGUACUAGCGACCAUCUUGUACCGUGCCUAUUUCUAAUCCCAAGGAAGACAAGUCUAAAUUAAUUCUAAGCCCUGAUUAAAAAAAAGCAUUUAUGGUUCUAGGGACUAUUAUCCAUAGCUUAAUUGAUAAAAAUCUAUCAGUUUAGA